AUCUCAAACAAUCUCCAUUGGUUAUCCGCGUUUGAUUUUCUUUCGUCGUGCCAAGUUUUUAGCCUGUUUUCUCUCUAAUUAAUCUUGUGAGCACGGAUUAUUAUUUUCUCGCUUGUUUUCUUUACUUCCAUUAUUAUUUAUUUUUUUGAACGACCUUUACUUGUAUUAUCUUUAAACUAUGCAAAAAUUGGCUUCAGAGCUGAAGGAAGACAGAGAUAUCUUGCAGCACUCUAUUGAUCAGGCUGCACGACUAGGCGAGAUGAUUAGACCUGCGGUCAACCGUUGGAUGAAUGGAACAGAAAGAUUAAUUAGUGAAAUGAAGGCAUUGCAUGACAGAAAUCUAGCCACGAAGAGGUAUUGCUUCGGAUGGUGUCCUAAUCUCCAGCAUCGGUACCGAUUCAGCAAGGCAGCAGUCGAGCAUAUCGAACACGCUCAUAUCCUGAUUGAUAAAUAUCGGGGUUAUGGCGUGAUUUCCCGCCCUUCAGUUCCUGUUACUGUUCAAAAGCGAGAUGUCGAUCUCUUGAGGAGAAUUCAAGAACUGGCUGAGGCUGCCAAUUUUGGUGGUUAUGAGAACUUCAACUCCAGAAGGAGUGUUCUAACGGAUAUCAUGGAGGCAUUUCUAAGUCCAGGGAUCAACAGCAUAGGAGUGCACGGGGCGGCUGGUGUGGGGAAAACGAUGCUGGUUGAACAAAUUAAAGCAAAGGCUGAGGAAAUGAAGCUAUUUGAUGUUGUUGUUAUGGCUAAAGUGACAGAGAAUCCAGACUUGAAAACAAUUCAAGAUGAGAUCGCACUUGACUUGGGAAUAGAGCUACAUAAUAGAGUUACACGGGAGGAAGCUGCUGAUCGAAUAAAGUCAAGGCUGACGAACAGGAAGGUUCUUGUCAUUUUAGAUGAUAUUUGGGAAAGAAUAGAUUUGGAGAAAGUUGGGAUUCCUUAUGGAAACAAACAGAAGCUCAAGCAGCUUCCAGGGGAAAAGAAUGAGGAAAUGUCAUCAGAGUAUACUGUAUUGCUGACCUCUAGAAAUCCUCGUGUUUUAUCACACGACGGCGGCAUGCAUACUCAAAUAAUUGUUAAAGUUCCCAUGUUAGAAGAUGGAGAAGCAUGGAAGCUUUUUCGGAAGACUGUAAGUUUGGGGAAUAUUUAUAAGAAGAUGAAGAAAGCAGGUGAGAAGGCUGGAAAUCAGUUUUUGCCGAUUAUUGCAAAGGAGAUUUCCAAGAGGUGUGGAGGAUUACCAAUUGGCAUUGCAACACUUGCAGAUACUUUGAAAGAUAAGGAUCCGCAAAAGUGGAGGAUUACUCUACUUCGGCUUCAAAAGAACCCAAAUUUGAGUGGGAUGUCACCAAGCCUCUAUUCAGCUAUCGAGUUGAGAUAUAGUGAUUUGAAAAGCAAGGAACUCAAACAAACUCUAUUGCUUUGUAGUCUAAUGGGUCAUAAUGCUGGCCUUCAAGACUUGUUGAAGUAUGGCAUAGGAUUGGGAUUAUUCCCAAGAGCCAAAUCUAUGGAGAAAGCAAGAGACGAAGCACUGAAAUUGGUGAAUGAACUGAUAAGAGACUAUUCUUUGUUGCUGGUUGGCGGUAGCAAUAUGCAGUUUGAUAUGCAUGAACCAAUUCGAGGAGUUGCCAUAUCAAUCGCUUCUGGGGACCAUGGUGUGCUAUCCUUCAGGAAAGAUGCAGCUAAGGACAGUUUAAACGAGAAGGCAUUUAAAAAAUCCAAAUGGAUUUAUUUAUCAAAUGUUGAUGCUAGUGAGCUUCCAGCUGAGUUGAAAUGUCCACUGCUCACUUUCUUUCAUUUUUCUGCCAACAAUGAUCGUCAAGCAAUUCCAAGUUACUUGUUUAGGGGAGCGGAAGGACUCAGGGUUUUGGGUUUGACUAAAGUGCAUUUUAAGUCAAUCCCCCCGUCAAUUUCACUCCUAAUAAAUCUUCAUACCCUAUGUCUGGAUCAGAGUGAGUUUGAUGAAAAUUCAUACAUAGGCUCUAUUAUUGGGGAGCUGAAGAAUUUGCAAGUCCUCAGCCUUGCGAGGUGUGAUAUCCAGGUGCUGCCAGAGGAUAUAGGGAAGCUGAUAAGACUGAAGUUUUUAGAUUUGAGUGACUGUACUAAACUCACAGUAAUUCCACGAGAUGUCUUGUCAAAAUUAACCCAGUUAGAAGAAUUAUAUCUGGGAAAUAGCUUUGACCAGUGGCAGUCUGACAAUAAAACAAAUGCCAGCCUUGAUGAGUUGGGACAAUUGGAAAACUUGACCGCUUUAGAGGUUCGCAUUCAUGAUAUCAAGAUGAUUCCAGUCGGCUUAUUCUCUGUAGAAUUGGAACGAUACAAGAUUUUCAUAGGAGAUGUGUGGAAUUAUUGGGUCGACAGUUCUUUUGAAAACUCGAAAAUGUUAAAGCUGAAGCUGGAUGGAAGCACUAGUUUUGAUUAUUCAGUCAGAAAGUUGCUAAACAAGGCAGAGGAACUGCAUCUGGAGAUGUUGAAUGGUGUCAAGAAUGUAGUUAAUGAGUUAGAUGACCAUGGUUUUCAAGAACUAAAGCAUCUCCAUGUCAAGAACGAUCCAAAGAUUCAACAUAUGUUUUUUAACUCGGUGAUGCGGAUUCGUAGCAAAGUCUUUCCCAACUUGGAAGUGUUAUUUCUUCACAAAUUGAUGACGAUGGAAAAGAUAUUUUAUGGCCAAUUUGAACAAACAUCUCUUAAGAAGUUAAGAAUCAUUAGUGUAGAAUGUUGUGGUAAGCUGAAGAAUUUGUUCUCCUUCUCUAUAGCCAAGCAGCUUCUUCAUCUUCAAGAAAUUAGAGUGACAGACUGCAGCGAAAUAGUAGAGAUUUUUUAUGAUGAGGGGCAAGGGGAUGAAGAAGAGGAAGAAGACACUGAUGAUAUUACUGAAGCAACUGAUGUAAUUAAGCUUGCCCACCUUAAGUGCUUGAGGUUACAACAUCUGCCAAAGUUCAUUAGCUUCAGCCAAGAAAAGGAUGCAAACAUUUCAUUUUUCAAUGAAAAGCUUGAGGUGCCAGAGCUGCAGGAGUUGCAAUUAUCCUGGAUUAAUAUUAAAACGAUAUGGCCUCCCGGACUUUCACCAAUACCUGCCAGCCAAUGGAAGCUGACAAAACUGAUAAUUGAGGGCUGUAAUAAUUUAGAAUAUAUAUUCUCCUCUUCUAUUAUUAGAUGUCUGAAGAAGCUUAAACACCUCGAAGUAAGGGAAUGCAAGAUGCUGAGAGAAAUCAUUGUCACAGGAAAUGAAAAAGAUGCCCAACCAAAAGACACAGAAAAUGCAGAAGAUGCCGAUUCAGAAGACACAGAAUAUGCAGAAUAUACCUAUUCAGAAGACACGGAGUAUACAAAAUAUACCUAUUCAGAAGACACAGAAAAUGCAGAAGAAAAGAUUUCGUUCCGUGAUUUAAACUUCCUGCAGAUAGAAAACCUUCAAAACCUCAUUGGAUUCUACUCAGGAAAUUACAGAAUCAAGUUCCCAUCAUUGAAACAAUUGGCUAUAGAGAACUGCCCAGAGCUGAAGGGGUUCGUGGUAGACUCUACUAGCACCACUGACACAGCUCUCUUUGAUGAGAAGGUUGCAUUUCCUAAUUUGGAAAGGAUGACUAUCUCCCUCUUGAAAAACUUGAAGAUCCUAUGGCGCAAAUUCCCUAAGAAGGAAAAUUCCUUUGAAAGAUUAAACUUCCUGAGCAUAGAAGACCUUCAGAACCUGAUCGCACUCUGCUCCGAAGAUUAUUGUACUGAGUUCUCAUACUUGAAGCAGUUGACUAUAGAGAAAUGCCCAAAGCUGAAUGGAUUCGUGAAAUCAGAAUCUAUGAGCGAAGCCCUCUUUGAUGAGAAGAUUGCAUUUCCUAAAUUGGAACGGUUGAGUAUCUCUCACUUUAACAACUCGAUGAUGAUAUGGAAAAAACUUGGGGAAAAUUCCUUUUGCAACUUAAAAUCAUUGAGAGUUACAUAUUGUCAGAAUCUAUCAUUCAUUUUUCCAUCUAACAAUGACUUGCUGAGAAAACUCUUGAAGUCCCUCGAGAAGUUAGAAAUAAUUGGUUGCAGCUCAGUAGAAGAGGUGUUUGAACUUGGACAACAGUCAGAGAUCACAGCAUCAGAUGCUCAAAUAACAGAAUCAGAUGCUGAAAACUAUCAAUUUAAAGAAUUGUACAUUGAUCAGCUACCAAGAUUAAAGCAUGUAUGGAAUAAGGAUCUCCAAGAAAUUGACACUUUUCAGAACUUGGAAUCAGUGACAGUUUCCAGAUGUGAGAGUCUCAACCAUCUGUUUCCAUUUUCUUUGGCCAAAAGCCUUUUCAAACUUAAAAGGCUGAAAAUACAAUCCUGCACUAGUCUGGAGGAAAUUGUUGCCAGGAAAUCAGCGGUCAAAGAAGAAGUCAACUUUGAGUUUGAUUCCUUAUCCUGCCUUAUACUUCACUCCCUGCCAGGACUUAGAUGUUUCUACCCAGGGAAACACAAGAAAAGUUGGCCAGCAUUAGAGAAGUUCUACUCUUAUCAUUGUGGUGAAACGGAGAUAACAAACAAGCCGGACCAAGCUGAAUCCGCUGUUGAACUCCCACUUUUCUCUCUGGAAAAGGACCUCCCUAAAUUGAAGAAAUUAUCAUUAACAGAUGAGAACAUUAGAUCAAUCAUAUCUGAGGACCAACGUUCUACAGCAGGCCCCUUUAACAACAUCGUAGUUCUUCGGAUUCAGGGCUAUUGUGAUGAGUCAACUGUGCGUUCAAUCAAUUUCAUUCAAAAAUUCCCCCAUCUGGAAAAGCUUGUGGUGGAUUCUUGUGAUUUCGAAAAGUUAUUCCCUUCUAAUUCUAUAGGGAAGCACUCAAGUAUUAGAAAAUUGAAGCUACAAGGUCUUCCCAAUUCCAGGCAUAUAUGGAGCCAAGACUCAAGUGUUCCUCAAAAUCUUGAAACCCUUAAAGUGUGGCGUUGUACGAGUUUGGUUGGCUUAUCAAUAUCAACAGCAUCUUUCCCAACUCUCACAACUUUCGAUGUAUGGCGUUGCCACAAAGUCAUAAACUUGGUUUCACUCUCAACAGCACAAAGCCUGGUGAAACUCAAGUCAUUGAGUAUACGAGAAUGCCAAGAGGUCAUAGAAAUAGUAGAAAAAGACAAGCCUGCAACAAACGAAGAGAUCAAUUUCAAGGAAUUAAGAUAUUUGAGACUGGAAUGUUUAACAAGACUUUCAAGCUUCUGUUCAGGCAAUUUCAUCUUCAAAUUCCCAUCUUUAGAAAGAGUAAUUGUGGAUCAGUGCCCAAAUUUGAAGAUCUUCUGUCAAGGAAAUCACCCUGCUGCUGAACCUUCUAAGGACGGUACAAUUGGAAAAAAUGCACAAGGUGCCAAUGGAAUCAAUGAGGGCAUGGAAAAGGAGAAUUGUCAAGAGAAAGAAGGUAAUGAAGAUAAUGGACUUGGUGUUAGAUUUGAACUUGAUGAUUUGGAUCCAUCUGUUGCACAAGAUGCAGAAGAACAAUCAGUAAAAGAGUAGAAGUUGCUUUGUCAUCAAAUGAAAUGAAGAGAGGUGAAGAUGCACCUAUUGUUGCACUAGAUGCACGAGAACCAGCUAGCAAAAGAGGUGAAGAAGCACCUACUAUUGCACAUGAUGCACGAGAACCAGCAAGCAAAAGAGGUGAAGAUGUACCUACUGCUGAAUGCAUUGCAGUUAAGUUGUUAGGCAAUGAUAAAAUAAAGGAGGAAAGUAAAGAGUUAAGUAAGAGUAAUGCAUUUGAUGUGAUGAUUCUAGAGAAAUCUUCAGAGUUCGACAGCGCCUUGAGUAAAAUUGAGGGGUUGACAGAAAAUGAGAGGGAUACUGCUCUCAGUAAGCUUCCAGAUCACCCUGGACAGAUGAUGGUCUUCUUCAGCCUUCCACCAGAUCGAAGACUUGCAUGGGUGAAGAGAUUCCUAAAGCAUCAUUGAGUUAUCUUCGGACAUUCAUAGAAUAUAUUACCUAUGAUCCCAGAUUCCAAUCCCAGAAACACAUGUAGGAACUUUGUGGGUUUGGGACUUCGGACCAGCUACGAGCUUCUGGAUUGAACAAAGGACUUGCUGAAAUAAUUUAGUUUGGUUUUUGAAACUUAAUUAAGGAUUGAGUUAAUAAGUUUCCUUUUCUUUUACUGCUACUACCUUUUAUUUGUUACUUGAGAUUAUGUUGAUAAACUCUAUGUUAUUCCAAGUACACUUGUUUAAGGAAAAACGUUAUAACUUUCUUUUAUAAUCUAUAUGGUGAUUGUGUUAAUAAAUUUCCUAUUCCUUU